AUGCUCGCGUUGCAAGUAGGGCAAUGCGGGAACCAGCUCGGUCGCGCGCUGUUCGACAAGCUAGCGGAGGAGGAGGACGCGGCCAGCUUAAGCGACUCUGUCUUCUUCCGCUCGCCAGAGGACUUUUGCAACCACCGGUCUGUCAACACGCGAAGAGCCCGUGCGGUGCUCAUUGACAUGGAGCCAAAGGUUAUCCAGCAGUGCUACAAGCCAUUGAAUAACAGGAAAGCAACUGCAGCAUGGGAAUACGAUCCCAAGAACUCGUUCACAAGGCAGAGCGGUUCGGGUAACAAUUGGGCCAGCGGAUACCGGACGCAGGGCACACAGGUGGAAACUGAGCUACUGGAUCUGCUCCAGUCGGAUUUCUCACGCUGCAGAGCGCAGCAGGAGGCACAGGCUCUGGACUGGGCACUUUCCUCACUGAAAAGCUAG